AUGGAUCCCUACAGUUUAAAGCGUGAUAACCGCAAGAAAUUCUUCGACAAGGAAAAGCUAAAGCGGAAGCAUGCAACUCCCAGCGACAGGAAGUACAGGGUGCUAAAUAAGGCUGAAAACCCGCAAGAGGAGGAACUCAAGCCUGAACUGCAGCCAAAUGAUUACAGGUACCAUGAAGAUAUCACAAUGGCUCACGCAACUGAAGACUUCAGCACGCAAGAGGUUAACCGCAAGCUCAAACAGAUUUUAAAAGAUAGAAAGGAUAGUAUCGGUGAGCCUAAAGAGGAACCUAUAACGAAAAGGAAUCUUGAAUCGAUGGACGUUGAUAAGCUAAAUUCUCUGCUGGGAAGAGCUGCCCCACAAAAGAGACAGGUAACUCAACCGGACGAAAAACACAAUGAAAGGCUAGAGAUUAAGGACAACACAGCAAAACCUAUCGUGCAGUCUCAUGUUCCUGAGGACUUAGAAGACGAUCAAGAUUUUUUAGAUGGCAUUCUUUGA